UUGACGGGAACUUCAGCUGGGUCAUUUGAAGAAAACUUUGCUAAAGAACAACUUUUCACAGAGUGGCUGCUGUAUUGUCACAGUGAAACAGUAACAAGACAAUAACCAGAUACUGGCAGCAAAAAAAGUGUAUCAAUGCAGGAUGGUGAAAAUCGACGUGCAAUGCCAGACGUUGAACCCCCCGGAUUCCCAUCUAGGGAAGGACGACCCGGUCAACAAGAUCAAGCAGACCUUCAAGCUCUCUGCUCGGGUAGAAAUCGCACCUGUGCUUUGCUCAACAGUCCCUCACCAUGUGUCAACAGUGCUAUUUACCAUAUCCACGAGAUGAAAAAAAUAGUAGAAAACUGGUGUCAACACGGGAAACCACAUUACAGCAAAACUUCAAGAUUUCAGUCAAGAGAUUCAGAUUCUGACUCAGUGAAGUCUACAGAUUUGUAUGUUGAAGGCACAGCAAUUAGUGCAAGAGAAAGUUAUCCAUUGCCACCACUAAAGAAGAAAAUAAAUGAUAUCCUUUCUGAGGUUAUGGAUCUGAUUCAGCGUUUGGAGGUUGAUCGGCAGAAUGUAGAGAAAGCUCUCCACAAAGAAAAGCAGAGAAAAAGUCUUUUGAAAAGCAAAGUGGACAGUAUUGCACUCCGAGAGCAAAUAGAGCACUCUUUUGCUGUGCAACAAGAGCAGGAGGCUUGUUUGAGAGACAUCACUGAGCUGAAGCGCCAUCUCAAACUGGAAACACAGAAACUUGACCAGGUUCAGGAAAAAUUGUCAGAUGCUCAGCUGUUGAACCAGCACUUACAGGAUGACAUUAACUCUGCCAAGAAACAAGUUCCCACUGUGAGUGAAAACCUGGACCUCCAGAAAAGCAUCAUAAAUUCAAUUAAGACCGCACAGGCAGAGGCCAAUGAAGUUUGCUCAAAAAUACAAAGUGAUCUCCUGCUGGCUCAGAAGGAGUUAAAAACGACAGAGCGUGAUGCCAACAAAGAAAAGAUGUCAUUGGACCAUGUGCUGCUGGUGAUGAAGAAUCGGCUGACAGAGAGACUGGAAGAGUUAAACCAGUUGAGGAUGGAUGAGAAAUGUCUUCUCUCUGAGAUACAGAAUGCUGAAGACAUCAUAGUUUAUACAGAACAAAAAUGCACAAUUAUAAAUCAGAAAAUUCCUGAAAUUUUAGAGCUUGAGAAAACUGAAAAAAACAAGAUUUCACAACUGAAUCUACAAAUUGAGAAUGAAAUGCAAAAGAACAGGACAUUGGAGGAAAAGCUGACGUUGCUGGCACAAAAUAUUGAAAAAACAAAAAUGAAAGGGGAAACUGAGGUUUCCUGCUUAGAGGAACUGCUCCACAAAAAACGUGAAGCUUUUGGAGCUCUCUGUAAAGAAAAUAUGGAGUAUGAACAAACCAUAGAGGACUACAAGCUGAAGAUUCUUCAGAGUGAGGAAGCUGUAAAGCAGAUGCAAGAGGAGAUGAAGCAGAUGUGCAAGAAAAUCACUGACAAUGAUGAACAGUGGGAAAAGGCCUUGGAGGAACUGACCCAAGUUGUAGCUCAGCACAGUGAUAUCCAGGCUAAGCUGGAAGAACAAGAGCAGCUCACCUUCAUGGAAGAACACAGAGCAAGGGCAGAGGUUGAAAAGUUGAAGAAAGAUCUGACAGGUCACAGGACCACAAUGGAAACACUAAAGACUCAGUGUGUAAAUCUCAAUGAAGAACUGAAGGAGCAGCAAAGAAGUUCAGAACAAACCAACCAGCAACUUCAGAAAGAAUUAGAAGUUGCAUCCUUAACAACAAAUGCUCUAGAGGCAAAAGUUGAGAAAAUAAAGAGAUUGACAGAACAUUUGGAAAUGGUGCAGUGUGAACACAACGAGACAUUAAUCAAGCUGGGGCAGGAGAAAAAACUCACAUGUGACAAGAUUAAAGCUGCUCAGGAUUUGCACUGUGCCACCAUAAAGAAACAUGACAGUGCUGUGGGUAGGAUCACUGAGCUAACUACUAGAAUUGAAGAAUACCGGGAUGCUUCAGAUAAAAUAGAAAAAUCUGUUGAAAGAAUGCCAGAAAUGGUAGCAGAACUGCAAAGUGAUUUGAAUUUGUUGGAGUUCAAGAACAAAUCAGCUGCUCACAUAAUGAGCACCUUGCAGUCUGAUAUUAAUAACUGGAAACAACGAACACAGCGAUCCAUGCAGACACACACGGCUCUUGUUACAACAAGAAAAAAGCAAAUGGAAAACACCAAGAAAGGACUGAAAAAUGCGCUGGAGGAGAACAAACAGCUGGCACAAAAGUAUGAAAGUCUUCAGAAAAUCCUCAUGGAUGUCAAAGAGGAGUCACUGUCUGCACUAAGUGAAAGAAACCAUGUACAUGAGUCUUUUCACUAUUACACACAGCUCUCUUUGUUGCAAAAGAGGAUGCACAAAGCUUUGGAAAAAUACUUCGAACAACGCAACCUCUACAGCCAGGCUGAACUGGACCGGUGCCAGGCUCUUUCCCAAGAGAACGACCAGAAAAUAAAAGCAGUCGAGCAGGAGGGGUUGUCAGAAGAAAUUCAGCUCAUCUCAGCAUUCCUACAAUCCCUGCAAGAUGACUCUACUACCACUGAUGAUGCUGGGGUGAACAAACAGGCCAGUCCAGAUGCUGCUGGAUCGAAUGAGUAGAGUUCAUACAGCAGUGUAAUUGGACAUUCACCUGUACCAGACAACUUACUUACCCUAGCACGCUUCACUAUUCCCCCCUUCUUUACUUGCAGCAAAUCCAUAACAAUGAAACAGGUGACUUUCAUGCUGCUGUCAGGACUGAUCUAAUUUUAGCUGGGUGAAUGAUUGCAAUUGGCUUUGCCUCAUCAGAUAAUUAAUCUAUGUCACCAUUAAUUGGAAAAGAGAAUAAUUACAGGCAGUGUUGACAGAAAUUCUACGCUUCUCCAGAUUUCAAGAUCUAAUUACAACUAGUGAAACCCCAUGACCUUAACUAGCACUUAGUACACCUUGACCACCUUGACCAUGCCCAUGUGAAGACCACUGUCUCUUAAAAAUCCCUGUUUUUGUUGCGGCACCCCACACUCUUUCUCUUUCUUCACUUACCGAAAGCUGUCUCCCUCAAUCACUUUUCAAUAUUCAAUCUUAAUUUUGUGGAAGUUUAGCAUUUUCAAUGAGCUGGAGAUGAAUGAUUAAUGCAUAAAUUUAAAUGCUUCAUUUUGUCCAUGGAUCAUUAGUUAAGUCCUUUGUGGGAAGGACCUGAGAAAGGAGUGAAAAUUAUUGAGACAUUAGCCUGGAGCAAUCCAGGGGUAAAUAGUGUGCACAAAAGGAUGUUGUGUGCGCACUAUCCAGUGGCUUUCUAAAGAACCCUGGGGAAAUGCUGUUUUCAAUUUGAAAUCUUAACUGAAUCACAUUUAGUUCUUGUAGAAAAUUGAUUUUUGUUUCAUAGUGUUUAAACUGUGUCACACUCUUAGGUGUUAUUAUAUAUAUAUAUAUAUAUA